CACUAUAUAUUCACACACAAACUCUACUUUUUCCACGAUUCAACAAACAAAAAUUCAAAAGAGCAUGAUCAACUCUAAACCCCUUUCUUCACGAACCCAAACUCGCUUUCAUUGCCCCUCAAAUUCAUACAAAACUUCAUUCAUCACAUCUUCAUCGCAUAUUUCCUUCAGUUUCAGAAAUACCCAUCUCAAAAACCCCGUAAUAUCAAUCAGGACUACCCGUAACUCACCACCCAAAUCCGCCGCCACCAACCAGUUGUACACACCGUCGCCGGAGGAAACCUUGUAUGACUUGCUGGGCAUACCAGAGAGCGGGACACUCUCCGAAAUCAAACGAGCGUACAAGCAAAUGGCGUUGAAGUACCACCCGGACGUAUCGCCGCCGGAUCGGGCCGACGAGAAUACGAUGAGGUUUAUUAAGGUCCAGGAAGCGUACGAGACGUUAUCCGACCCGGAUGCUCGAGCUCUGUAUGAUAAUACCAUGGCGAAGGGAUUGCCCUCGGCUUUCUCCGGGAAGAAAGGGUCCCGGUUUGAGGUGAGAUCGGAGGAGAAAACACGGUGGAAACAGUCGUGGCAAGAGCAGGUGGUGGAGCUGAAACGGAGGAGGACGGUGGAUCAGGGAGGGAGGAAGUCGUGGGCAUCCCGGAUCCGAAAGCAACGGAGUGAAACAUGGGCCCAUGGGGCGGACCCGGGUCAAUAAGGGUCUAUUUGGCUAUCGGAAAACUAAAUAUUAAGGAUCAUUGAAAAUUCUCAAAGAAGUUAUGUUCAAUAGAAAUUAUGUAAAAUGUGAUAAAGAUGAUAGGGAUUGUUACUAUAACAAUAAUACAGUUUUGACAUAAAUUAUGUGGGAUGAUAAUGAUAAUUGUUAUAUUAUUAUAACAAUUUGGAUUUUGUUUGUCGAGCGUUGCAGCCACUUCAAUCCGUUUUGUAGUUUGAAUUUUGAGGAUUAUGUUGAUAAAAGUUUGAUAU